UGGUCACGCUGGGAAUGACAAGAUCAUACAUAUAAAAAAAAAGUUGGAGAACCGAUUACAACUAAGAAAACAGCGAAAGUGACAAAGAAAGGAAUUAUUAGUGACUUAAUAAAUAAUUUUGAAAAGAAUUUGUUAUUGUUUAAAAAACAUUUUUUUAACAUUUAACACACCAACAAAAGCAAUAUCAGAAGGCAGUAUCAGAGUUAAAAGAAAACGAAGCUUUGAUAGUAUGCGACUUUUCUGAAAAUUACCAAGCUAAACUUGCGGAGAAGAUCCAGUCUAUGCAUUAUGGGGCAUCAAAUCUUCAAAUAUGUCUGCAUACUGGAAUGGUGUUCUGGUCAGACCGUUCUCAAUCAUUCUGCACAUUAUCAGACAACACAAGUCAUCAACCUGCAGCGAUCUGGGUACACCUGACUCCUAUUAUUGACAUGAUAAAGCGAGAAACCUCUGAAACGACGAUAAUACAUUUCUACUCGGACGGACCAUCUGCACAGUAUCGCCAGAAAAAUAAUUUUUAUUUACUGGUUUAUUACACACAAAAGUAUGUGCUGCAAUAUACCACUUGGUCAUUCUAUGAAGCAGGCUACGGAAAAAAUUUAGUAGAUGGGAUAGGAGGUAGUAUCAAACGCACUCUUGACAGGAAAGUAUGCAUUGGUAACGAUAUUGUCUACGCAAAAGAUGCUUACAAUUUAUUAAAACAAUGUUUAAAAGCAACCAAAGUAUUUCUCAUUGACAGUUCUGAGAUUGAAAAUGUUACGAAAAUUUUGCCGGCCAAAAUACCAGUACUAAAGGGAACAAUGAAUUUACAUCAAAUUAUUACUGAUCAAAGUGAUGAUCCAUUGACUAUAAAAUACAGAGAUCUGGGUUACUUUUGCAGUGACCUGAGAGGACAAUGUGCCUGCUUUUCACCGAAAUUACAUUCCGUACUGCCCAGUUUAAGUAAUAAUGAGUUGUCCCAAAACUACCCCUUAACUUCAGAAAAAUCAACGGCGAGUACAUGCCCGACCCAAGAACCUCCUUUAUCAUUGAAUUUAGUUGAGGAAUUUAAUAUUCCCGAAGAACAUUUCAUUGAUGACUUAAUAUUAACUUUUGAAAGAGACCAAAUAUGUCCUAGAAACGAUCAUGACGCUGAAGAUCCCUGGUAUAAAAAUAUCAAUGCUUUAUCGGACACUGAGAAAGGUUUACUAAAUAAUAACAACAACGACAAACUCGCAACUUUAGCUUAGUUAUUUGAUGUAAACUCCCAAAUUAUAAUUUCAUCGGAUAUUGAGAAUAGUUUGCUAAGAAAUAAAAGUGCUGUUAAAAUUGAAACUUUAUCUCAGCCUUUUGAUAUUAAAGAGAUGCAGCCUUUGAAUUUACAAGAAAAAGAAGUGUCCAGAAAAAAACCUGUAGCUAAUAAAUUCCAGAGUCACUGCGUUGAUCCGAAAAAGCUUAUAAUUGUACCAUAAGACGGGAGACAACCUGAAACAAAAGUAACUGAAACUGAAGGAGCGAAAACAUAAAAAAUUAGAAUAAUUGAAGAUGUUAAAAUAACAGCAUCUUUAACAAACAACCAGACACAAACAAGUAAAAAAUCUAAAAUUGCAUUAAAGAUUACUUUUCUUGAAUGUCAUAAAUGCUCUUCUACUAUUUUUGGCCAAAAAGAAAAAUGUGUUGUUAGCCAAAUCUGGUUUUGUGGUGAAUGCACAGCAAAUUAUACCAGCACUAAUUAUAUUUGCGAAUCAUGUUUGGAAGAUUGAUUGAUUGGUUACAUCUGUAUUCUUUGGUUACAUCCGACGCUUAUUAGGAACUGUAGUUGACAAAAUAUGGUGAUCUUUCAUGACGUGGAUAAAGUAUUCACAAUGCAAGGUCUGGAGCAGUAUUAUAUUGAUGACGCUAAAUGUCCCUGGCCCAUAACUCAUUUUAUUGUAGUUGACAAGUGUUUUGGAUGCCGACAAGAGGUAAAUCAUUCAACAAGACCACAACAUUUUACAUUAACCAUGAGUAAAACUGACAUUUGGAAUUUAUUGCAAAUUUCAUACUUCUGGUGUUCAUUUUGUAGUUUUUGUGUUUAUGACCAUUUUACUUCAGACGAAUGUGAUGUUUGUUACAAUGGUUAAUAUUUUUUAAAUUAUGAUCUUUAUUUUUAUAUGUUUUUGAUAGGUAUGUAUGAAUAAGAUUUCAAAGUAAUAUUAACAAGGGAUAUAUAUUAAUAAUGUUGUUCAUUAGAGGCUCAUAAUUUAAUUCAGUCUUCUUGAAUUUGCCAAUAUUGUUGUGAUAAUACUAUCUAAGACUGAUAUCAUUAAGUGUUAUGAAUAACUUUCUUAAGAAGUGUAACGGUUUAUAGUUUUUUUCGUUGAUUUAGUUUUAUUAAAGGGUUAAAAAAGCAUUGAGACUGAUUAUAUUCCUUACUAAAAGGAGUUAUAUUAUUACAAAUAAUGUUUACUAUUUUUGUCUUUUUAAAUAAUGUUUUGAACUGGCAUUGAUACAUAUAAAUUGUGUAAUUAAAAUAUUUAUCAUUUAAGUGUUAAAUGUUCUUUGUUUUUUUUAAGAGUGAGGCAAUAAUUUCACUACUUCUUAACUUUCAAAAACUUUCUAAAAAGUACCUAUUUUUGAUAUUUUUCUUACCAAGAAUGCGCCAAAGUGCCAUGAUUAGUUUUAAGUAAAAAGAUGAGUGCUACUCAAAAUGUCAUUAUAAUAACGAAUUAGUCAAAUGAAAAUGUGUCAUUUAAUAUGAUUGUGAUACUGUUCAAUUAAAUGUUAAAAAAUAUUAAAAUAAGUAUUAAAAAAUAUUUAAUUGUUCACCCAAUGUUUAAUAAAUGUGAAAAAGUACUAUGACUUUGACUACCAACGUUGUGUACCAUGUAAUCUCAGCUUAAGGUCUUUCAACGACAGGUUCAGGUUCAGGUUUUGUGACAGUCCCAACUUCAAUGUGGACGAAAUUAUUUUUUAACAAUUUUGGUUUUUGAUAUAUACUUAGCAAAUUUGUGAACAUUUUUUUAUUAAGUUACUAUUGAACAUUUCAAUAAUAAAUUUCAAAACUAGUCGCUUUACUAAGAGAAAUAAAGAGAAAAUUCUGAUCAUCAAAGCAUCACUUGUCACAAAACCGAGCCUAUAAGUUCAUUUUAGGACAGUGGGAUUUUCAGUUAAGAUUAUUAUUUAUUUAUUUCGAUGAACUGUAAUGUUCAUCAGCUAGAAAAAAUAAAAAUCUACUUAUAUUCCUAAUUUUUUUUAACAAUAAAUAACUUCAAAACCGUCACAAAACUGACCACUAUUUCACAGCAAUAUCCACUUUUUAACAGUUUUUCGUAUAAUAAAAAGGGGUUUUAAUUACAAUCAAAUAUAAAUUCAACUCCAUCAGUUAGUUUAGAACAUUUUAGAACCUUUAAUUAACUAAAACUUACAACAAUAGCAAAAAUUGGAAUUUUUUAUCAAGGUACACUUUGAAAUGAAAAUGCCCAUCUAUCAUCCUUCACUGGUGCCCCGCCGGUGUAUACCGAUAGUGCAGGCGGGGUUACCAUUCCAUUAUCACCCAUUAAAAAAAAUAACAGCCCCAUUGCUAGCAAUAUACCCUAUCAGGUCGACCUCCACACGGUACCUCCCCGAAUCCAUUGUGGUUAAUUCUAAUGAAAUUUGUCACACUGAGCAAACAGACCUGC